AUGGAGCGGAAAGUCGCGUUACGUGGAGGUGCGAAUCGCUGCUGGAACCUCAGUGUCGACGCCAGCAGUCGGCUAACAGAUGUCUUCAACAGCGUGAUGUUGACUGGCUCCCCUUCCUUCUAUGAUUGCUACAAGUCGCAGUCAGUUUGGCCAGUGAACACAAGCAGAUUUGCAGAUCACCAUGACCUCUUAACAGAAACCAAAAGGCCAAUAGAUACAGCCAUCUCUCAGCAAGCUUUUUAUACUGGUGAAUCUGUGUCAGCAGUGGAAAAGCAGUACCUGCAUAAUAGUAAUCUGAUACCACAACAAAAAAUAGAUGAACUUUAUCAUGGAUUUACUGGUUUAGACCUUGAAGAACAAUGGAUGUACCCCUCACGAAGUGAUCAUUCUAACUGUUACAGUAUUCAGACAAAUGAUACAGCUAAGACGACAUUUCAAGAAUAUCUAUCUAUCAAAAACUGUUUUACACCCCACAUUGGUCUGUCUGACAUCAUGAAAGAAUCAGGAGUUGAUACCUACUCUUAUGGAAGAGAAAAAAUAUGUGCUAAAGGUCUUGAAGCACCAUUACAGCAAAAGAGGGCAGAGAUGUUUCUUUCCCAAUUUAAUAGAUACAAUGAAAAUGCAGAUUAUUGUAGAUACCCAGAAUAUGCUUAUCCUAAUAAGGCUAAGCUGAAUAAGUGUUCAAAUUUUAGUGUCCAAGAUAGUAAAAAAUUAGCCAGUGGCACACCUGAAACACCAACUGUAGAAGCAGACACCUACACAAAGUUAUUUCAGGUUAAACCAGCAAAUCAGAAAAAAAUGGAGGCGACAAUACCUGACCAGCAGAAUUUCACAUUUCCAAAAACUAUACCACAUCUGACAGAAAAACAGUUAGCAAAGGAAGCAUUUACUGCUGAUUUUGGCUUAAAAUCAGAAUGUGGACUAAAACCUCACACAGCUUGUCCAGCUAAUAAUGAUUUUGUCAAUGUCACAGAAAAGCAACAGUUUACUAAACCUGACCCCCCAAAUUCUGAGUAUUUUAGGUCAGUGAAUUUACUAGCAAACUCAGCAGCAUCUUCAGGCAGUAUCAACUUAAACAGACCAACUUGGAUGAAUGUCCAAACAAAAAAUAACACUCUUAUUCCUUAUCGAAAUCAAGGUAACUUGAUGAAAUUAAAUACUCAUUUAAGUGCAGCUUCAAAAGGUUCUAACCAUUCUUCAGAUUUCCUGCAACUAUCAUCUACAAAUUUAACAGCAAAUAGCAAUUUAUUUCAGAAGUAUUGCCAAGAAAACCCUUCAGCAUUUUCUAGUUGUGAUUUUGGUUAUAAUGGUGCAGAAAGAAUUCAAUCUGUCAGUCACAUGAAAGGACUGACAAAGACUGGAGAAGAAAAUCUCUUUGAAUCUGUUACCGAUAAAAAAAUAAAGCAGCCAAAUGGAUUUUAUGAUAACUAUUCAGCUCAGCAGUAUGGGAUCAUUGAAAAUGUAAACAAACAUUAUUUUCAAGCUAUGCCCCAGAGUGGCCAUUAUGACCCUGAGGAAGGGCCUAAGCAUUUAGAUAGCUUAUCUCAAAAUACAUAUCAAGAUCUGCUGGAGUCACAGGGUCAUUUUAAUAGCCACAGACAGGGAAGUGGAGAGAACAAUAUUAAUAGCCGUGUGAAUCGCACACAGGUGUCAUGCUUUUCUAAUAAUUAUAUGAUGGGAGAUUUAAGGCAUAAUCAGAGUUUUCAACAACUUGGUUCAAAUGGGUUUCCCCUAAGAUCCACACACCCACUUGGCCAUUCAGUUGUUCCACUGUUGGAUUCCUAUGAUUUGUUUUCUUAUGAUGACUUAAGCCAUUUAAACCCGUAUUUCAAUGAUAUGAUGUAUGGUGAUAAUUCCUUUUCUGGUUUUGUGCCAACUUUUGGAUUUCAAAGACCAAUUAAAACCCGUAGUGGACCAGCCAGUGAACUUCAUAUUCGUCUAGAAGAGUGCUAUGAACAAUGGAGAGCAUUAGAAAAGGAGAGAAAAACGACUGAAUUGGCCCUUGCCAAAAAUUAUCCAGCGAAAAAGGUAUCGAGUACUAAUAAUACUCCAAUUCCAAGGCUAACCUCCAACCCAUCUAGAGUUGAUCGCUUAAUUGUGGAUGAACUUCGAGAACAAGCCAGAGUAAGCUGUGAAAAUAUCCAAUAG